UCCAUCCAUAAAACAAAAAAAGCCAUGGCUUCUUCUUACAAACUUAUACUCUUCCUUUGCCUCUCCAUUUUCCUCAUUGCUUCCUUUGAGAUGAUGGCAGUGGAAGGAAGAAUUUGCCAGAGGCGAAGCAAGACAUGGACAGGGUUUUGUGGCAACACUCGUGGCUGUGACAGUCAGUGUAAGAGAUGGGAACGUGCUUCACACGGGGCUUGUCACGCUCAGUUCCCGGGUUUCGCAUGUUUUUGCUACUUCAAUUGCUGAAGCAAAACAUACUCCAUAAGAGUUGUCUGAAUCCUCUUCAAGUGUUCUGUGUUGUCUUGUAGAUCCUAGUCUCUAUGGAAAAACCAUAAACCUUUCACUAAUAAAAAGUUUCCCGUUUGUCUUUGGGAGUUAACACGAAUAAAUAUGUCUAGAGUUUCCUGAGAUAAAUCUCAUAAUAAGAGACUUUUUAUAUCUA